AAGAUGAAUGAUGAAAGUGGAAGAGCCUGUUGAGUUUUACCAGGCAAUCGCUGAGCUCUGAUUGGCUGUUGGUUGAAUAAAAAGACUUUCAAAGAACGUUUUUCUUCUUCAGUCGCUCAGUUCGCCUCAGAUAUUUUCUGACAGGACGUCUCACUCUGUCCAAUUUUCUGCUGUCCAUCAUCAUGGCCGACUGGACCGACUGUUUGAACUUCGGCGUCUCCAUCGCCAAAGAGGCCAGUGAGAUCGUCCUGUCGGCGUUACAGCUGCAGAAAGAAGUGAAACUGAAAAGUUCUCCAGCGGAUCUGGUGACGGAGACGGAUCAGAGGGUCGAGAGGAUCCUGAUCACGGCCAUCAAGAACCGAUAUCCACUGCACAGGUUCAUUGGGGAGGAGUCUGUAGCUGCAGGUGAGCGUGUGGAGCUGACGGACGCCCCAACCUGGAUCAUCGACCCGAUCGAUGGGACCGUUAACUUCGUCCACAGGUUUCCAUUCGUCGCCAUAUCCAUCGCAUUCACCGUCAACAAGCAGACGGAGUUCGGGGUCGUUUACAGCUGUGUGGAAGACAAACUGUUUUAUGCUCAGAGAGGAAGAGGAGCCUUUCUGAACGGAGAACCGCUGCACGCCUCUGGACAGGAAGACGUCAGCAGGUGCGUGGUCGUGACGGAGAUCGGGGCGGAGCGUGAUGACCUCGCUCUGUCCACUAUGACCUCCAACAUCUUCAGACUGUUGAAACUUCCUGUACAUGGCGUCCGUGCGUUGGGGACGGCGGCAGUCGACAUGUGUCAGGUAGCGACAGGUGGAGCUGAUGCCUACUAUCACAUUGGAAUGCACUGCUGGGACAUCGCCGCGUCCGCCAUCAUCGUUCAGGAGGCUGGUGGUGUUGUCAUGGAUACAGAUGGCUCAGAGUUCGACAUGAUGUCCAGGAGAGUCAUCGCUGCCAGCUCCUCAGCCGUGGCCAAUCGUAUCGCUCACGUGAUCCAGGCAUUUCCUUGUCGCCGGGACGAUGACGACCCCUGCAGGUGUGUGUGUGGAGCGACAGGUGUGAACGACGUCGAGGAGAGAGGGCAGGAAGCGUAACGCAGGCAUUUCUGAUGAAUUGACACUAAUCCCAGCUCUUCUUCAGUUUGUAACAUUUGAAGAAAUGUGUUUCUGUUUACACUCAUACGUCAUAAUGAACAUUCAUUAUUAUUUAGCUUUGCAUAGCGUCAUUAGCAUUACAUUAUGUAUAAUGCGACAUUUUAUAUGAGAAGUAAUGUGUUAAACAACAUUGUGAACAUAUACAAAUGUUUCUCUUUCCAGUCUGAACAUAUUGAUGUGAGAAUGGUAAUGUUAGCAAGUUUUAUUAGCAUGGUAAUGUUAGCAGGUUUUAGUAGCAUGGUAAUGUUAGCAAGUUUUAUUAGCAUGGUAAUGUUAGCAGGUUUUAGUAGCAUGGUAAUGUUAGCAGGUUUUAUUAGCAUGUUAAUGUUAGCAGGUUUUAUUAGCAUGUUAAUGUUAACAGGUUUAUGUAAACACUUAUGUCCUUUCGCAAAUAAACCAGUUUAACAGUCA